AAGAAACGUUUGAAAGUGAAUUCUGUCACUUGUCCAAGUAUUGAGAAAGAAGGUAAUUGGGAUAGAAAAGUUCAGUCAAGUCCAGCAAAAGGAUAUCGACGACUCAGUGGUUAUGCAUUAGACGACAAGCAGUCUGAUCCAUCGACAUAUCGACAAUCAAAGUCAUUAGAAGACGUUGGUAAUAAAGUUAAAGUGAAUUCUUCGAAUCAUUUGUUUCUCAUAAACGAUGUUGAUGAAGAUGAAACAAACAUGAACAAAAGUAAACGUGAUUUGAUUGAAAGUGACGCUUUCGGUCCGAUUGUUAAUCAAAACACUCUUCCUGGCACGCCAAUGGUUGAUUCGUUGUCAGAAAUAUCAAAAAGCUUUGGAUCAGGAAUCAGUAUUAACAUUCAUAAUGAUCGACGACCAUCAGUUAGUGGAAGUUUUGAUGAAAGUUUUCAUUCAAUUACUUCGUCAAAAUUUCUCUUGUUGCAAAGAUUUACGGAGAUUGAAAGCAUGCAUCCAAAUGCACUUGAAAGGAAAUUUUCUUAUAAGAAAAGAAAGAAGUUUACUGAAAAUGAUGUAAUUAAAGAAGUUUCACCAGAUAGUGGACAUGGUGAUGAUAUUUCUUUAGUUCUUAGUCCAAAUGAUGGAUUUGAUGGCAAUUCAAACAGUGCUGAGCGACGACCAAGCAAACAGGAUCCUGAACUUCGUGAAGAUCCCGACUCGUUAUUUUUUAGAGAUGGGAGAAGGAAGAUUGACAUGGUGCUUUGUUAUGGAGAAGAAUUUGAUGGUGUGAUGACUGAAAUUGAUGCCAGACGACGAGAACAAAGAAAAUGCUUUCAAGAAAAUUUAACCAAGGAAGGUCUCGAUAUUGAAAUUGAAGAUAAAAGUCAAGCAUUUGACGAGAAGACAUUUUUUGUGAAAAUUCAUUUACCUUGGCGAACUGAAUCACGUUACGCUGAAGUCAUGAAUCUUAAGCUACCGAUUAGGAGAUUUCAUACAAUCAGUGUCAAAAACUCAGACAAUGAAAGCAAUGUCAUCGCUAAAAAUAAAAACAUCCAGACGAUGUAUCGUUUUUUGAAGAAAAUGUGGAAUUAUUUCAUAACCAUCACCGAGUAUGAUUACACAUUGAUUGAAAAAGAGCCGUCAUUCUACUCAGCCACAGCUGGUGGAAAGCGAGAAGAGCAAUUUAUCGUAAAAGAUCGAAUGACGCAUUACAAUUCAGCUCAACGGAGUCUUAUCGUGUUUCAAAUUUUACUCCGAGCGAAGUAUGAUGACGGUGAAAAAUGCGGUAUAAGACGUUUGCUUAAUGACGGAACUUAUCAGUCAUGUUUUCCUCUCCAUGAGGGACGUCACGAUAAGUCACACUCUUCAGGAACAGUCUUUGACAGAAGACUUUUAUACCUUGAAUGGGCGAAUCCAUUUAAAACUUGGUAUAAACGACAACCUUUGUGCUUGGUGCGAAAAUACUUUGGCGAUAAAAUCGCGCUUUACUUUUGCUGGUUGGGUUUCUACACACAAAUGCUCGUCUUUCCCGCAAUUGUGGGUUUCCUUUGCUUUAUUUAUGGCUUAGCAUCAAUGAACUCAGAUGACAAUACGCCGAGUAAAGAAAUGUGCAAUCCAUAUGGCAUAGGAAACAUCACAUUGUGUCCAUUGUGCGACAAGGCUUGUAGUUAUCAAAAGUUACAUGACUCAUGUUUCUUCGCUCAACUGACAUAUCUAUUUGACAAUCCCGCGACGGUAUUUUUUGCAAUUUUCAUGAGUCUAUGGGCAACAACCUUUCUAGAGUUAUGGAAGCGGAAGCAAUCGAUGGUUGCGUGGGAGUGGGACUUACACAAUGUUGAGAAUGAUGAAGAACCUCGUCCGGAAUUUGAGACAUCAGUGAAAACGUUUCGUAUAAAUCCUGUCACUAGGGAAAAGGAAGCUUAUAUGCCUUACUGGCAUAAAUUCUUUCGGCUUAUGGCAACAGGUUCAGUUGUGUUGUUCAUGAUUUGCAUUGUUCUUGGUGCUGUUCUUGGUACAAUCAUCUAUCGAAUUUCAUUAGUGUCAGUGAUUUAUGGAGGGUUCGGUUACUAUCUCAAAGGACACGCUAAGCUCUUCACCUCAAUGACGGCUGCUUUAAUUAACUUGAUCAUCAUUAUGCUACUCACGAAGGUUUAUCAUCGACUUGCAAUUUAUUUAACAACGAUAGAAAAUCCAAGAACGCAAACGGAGUAUGAAGAUUCAUAUACGUUUAAAAUAUUCGUGUUUGAGUUUAUGAACUAUUACUCGUCAUUAAUUUACAUUGCGUUCUUCAAAGGACGUUUCUAUGACUAUCCGGGUGAUGACGGUGCGAGAAAAAAUGAAUUUUUCAAGUUGAAAGGUGACAUUUGUGAUCCGGCCGGAUGUCUAAGCGAACUUUGCAUACAACUUUCAAUCAUCAUGAUUGGCAAGCAAUUCUUUAAUAAUUUCAUGGAAUAUUUGUAUCCCGCAUUCUACAACUGGUGGCGACAAAGAAAACAUAAAAAAGAAACAAAGGAUCAAAGUCAUCGCCAUACGAGUUGGGAACAAGAUUAUCAUCUUCAAGAUCCGGGAAGAUUAGCACUUUUUGAUGAAUAUCUUGAAAUGAUUAUUCAAUAUGGAUUCGUGACCCUUUUCGUCGCAGCUUUUCCUCUUGCUCCACUUUUCGCUCUCCUUAAUAAUAUUGCUGAAGUAAGACUUGAUGCAUACAAGAUGGUUUCACAAGCUCGACGUCCGCUCGCUGAGAGAGUUGAAGACAUUGGAGCAUGGUUUGGAAUUCUAAAAAUCAUCACGUACGUUGCGGUUGUAUCGAAUGCAUUUGUUAUCGCAUACACCAGUGACUUCAUACCGCGUAUGGUGUAUAAAUAUGUGUACUCGCAAAGGAACGAUUUAACGGGCUACAUUUAUCACAGUUUGUCAAUCUUCAACACUUCAGAUUAUCGAGAAGAGUGGGGAGCAAAGAACGAAAAUGAUCCUGAGACUUGCUUCUAUCGUGGUUAUAGGCAACCAUACAACUCUAGUGAACAAUACGAUUUGUCGCCGGUCUAUUGGCAUGUUUUUGCGGCGAGACUGGCAUUCGUUGUUGUAUUCGAGCAUUUAGUGUUUGUCAUCACAGCAGUUAUGCAAUUUCUUAUUCCUGACAUACCAAGAGAGUUGAAGACUCAAAUGCAACGAGAACAACUUUUGGCGAAGGAAGCAAAGUAUCAAAAUGGAAUUGCUAAGGCACAAGAAUACGAAGAUUUAUUGACAGCAAUAAGGGAUAAUAAUGGCAGCAAUAAAAUUGCAAAAGGGAAUAAUGAUGUUCAUGUUGACAAAUUUUUGAGAUUUGCUAUUACAAGAUGCUUUUGGGGAAGAAUUUCUCGUGGGGUGAGUCGUGAUGAACGAACUGAUUCUAAGCCACGCACGCCCUUAGACGCUUUUGGAAGAGUUAUGAGUUAUAAAAAGAUGUCACGACAUUCAACAGUUAAAGACACAACUCAACUUCGAGUUGAUGAUCCGUCGAAACCAAUAAAAAUAUUCCGAAAUCCAAAUGAUAGAACAGCGUCAGUUGAACCGAUAACAGUUCCAGCUUUAAUGAAACGAACUGUUGAGAAUUAUGGGAAUCACACAGCUUUAAUGCACAAAGAUGAAAGCAGUAAAAAGUGGAAAGGAAUCACUUACAAAGAGCUUCGUGAUCGUGUUGAAAAAAUGGCGAAAGUUUUCAUCAAACUUGGCCUGAAACGUCAUGGAACUGUCGCUGUUCUUGCUUUUAACAGUGUCGAGUGGUUUGUGUCGGAAUUGGCAGCAAUUCAUGCUGGUGGACAAAUUGCUGGCGUUUACACAACAAAUUCAGUCGAUUCUUGUCUUCAUGUGUUGGAAAGUUCUCGUGCCAACAUUGUGAUUGUUGACGAUCCAAAACAAAUGGAAAAAAUUCAUGCAAUCAAAGAUCAGUUGAAAGAUCUCAAAGCCGUUGUUCAAACUCUUUCUCCUUAUGCAGAGUACAUAAAGAAUGAAGAUGGUUAUUGGCGUUGGAGUGAGAUUGAAAACUUAAACACGGACAAUGUUGAGGAAGAAUAUCAAAAUCGGUUGUCGAGUAUCGCUGCAAAUGAAUGCUGUUGCUUAGUCUACACUUCCGGAACUGUGGGAAAGCCAAAAGGUGUGAUGCUGUCGCAUGAUAACUUCACUUGGGAUGCUUAUGCAUUAUCAGCACAUGUCAGCAAUUUACAAAUGGGACGAGAAGUUCUCGUUUCAUAUUUGCCACUCUCGCAUGUUGCAGCACAAAUUAUGGACAUUUUUAUGAUGUUGACAGUUGCUGGAACUGUUUAUUUUGCUGAUAAAGAUGCAUUGAAAGGUUCACUAGUAAAGACUUUACUUGAAGCACGUCCGACAAAUUUUAUGGCUGUUCCACGUGUUUAUGAGAAGCUUCAUGAAAAAUUAGCACAAAUUUCAACUGAAUCGAAUACAAUUAAACGAAUGAUUGGAUCGUGGGCUAGAAAUGUGACCCUUGAACAUCAUUUGACUCGAAUGUCAGGACGAUCAUCAAACUCAAUUCAAUAUAAACUUGCCAAGACAAUGUUCACUUCGAAAGUGAAAAAAGCUUUGGGAUUGGAUCGAGCAAAGAAUUUCAUCACGGGAGCAGCGCCAUUAAGUCGUGAAACGAAAGAAUUCUUUCUCAGCUUGGAUAUUCACAUUGUUGAAGCUUUUGGAAUGUCUGAGACAACUGGUGGUCAUACAAUGAGUAGUGUUGAUCAGUCAUCAUUUGAGACGAUUGGAAGACAAAUUCCAGGGGUUCAAACGAAGAUCAUCAACGAAGGCGAAGAUGGAAAAGGCGAAAUUUGCAUCAGAGGUCGUCAUGUCUUCAUGGGCUACAUCAAUGACAUGGAAAAGACAAUCGAAACGAUUGACGAUGAUCGAUGGCUUCGAACUGGUGAUACUGGGUACAUUGAUCGUGAUGGUUAUGUUUUCAUCACUGGAAGAAUCAAAGAGUUGAUCAUCACAGCUGGAGGUGAAAAUAUUCCACCGAUUUUAAUUGAAAAUGCUGUCAAGCAACAAUGUCCGGCAAUCUCAAAUGCUUUUCUCGUCGGUGAUAAGCGAAAAUUUCUCACAGUACUCUUGACAUUGAGAACUUUAGUGGAUGGUGAAGGAAUUCCUUGUGAUGAGUUAGCACCGGAAACAAUCAAGUGGCUGGAAGGUAUUUCUUGUGGAAAGAAAUACAAGAAACUUAGUGAAAUUCUUGCUGCAGGGCCUGAUGUCACUGUCAAUAAAGAACUUCAAAAUGCAGUUGAUUGUGCAAAUAAGAAAGCAAUUUCAAAUGCACAAAAAGUUCAAAAGUUUGCAAUUCUUCCUUGUGACUUCAGCAUUCCAACUGGCGAAUUUGGACCGACAAUGAAACUCAAACGAAAUGUUGUAGUGGAAAAUCGAAUGAAGGAAACAACUGAGUUCCGAGUGACAGAAAAAUCAAAACCUGUAAGAAUUCUUCGUGAUCCGAAUGAUCGUCCGUCAUCUGUCGCUCCAAUAACAGUUCCAGCAUUGAUGAAACGAACUGUUGAUAAUUAUGGAAGUCACACAGCUCUUAUGUACAAAGAUGAAGUCACGAAAGCAUGGAAAGGAAUCACUUACAAGGAAUAUCGCGAUCGUGUUGAGAAAAUCGCGAAAGUGUUCAUUAAACUCGGCUUGGAGCGUCACGGUGUCGUAGCUGUUCUUGCAUUCAACAGUGUCGAAUGGUUCGUUUCGGAGUUGGCAGCUAUUCACGCCGGUGGAAUCAUCGCUGGCGUUUACACAACAAACUCAACCGAGUCAGUUCAUCACAUUCUUGAGUCAUCAAAGGCCAACAUCGUCGUUGUUGAUGAUGCUAAGCAGAUGGAGAAGAUUCAUGCGAUUAAAGACAAAUUGCCGCACUUGAAAGCUGUUAUUCAAACUCUUUCACCUUAUGCUCCUUAUGUGAAACGUGACGAUGGUUACUAUCGAUGGAGUGAACUUGAAGCGAUCAAAACUGAAACUGUCGAAGAAGAAUAUCAACGACGACAAGCAGAAAUUGUCGCUAAUGAAUGUUGCAGUCUCAUCUACACUUCGGGAACAGUUGGAAAGCCAAAAGGUGUGAUGUUGUCACACGAUAAUCUGACAUGGGAUGCUUACAGUGUCACAGUUCGAUUAAAUGAACUUCAAAUGGGAAAAGAAGUUCUCGUUUCAUAUUUGCCAUUGUCUCAUGUUGCUGGUCAAAUGGUUGACGUUUACAUACCUUUGACAUUGGCUGGAACAAUUUAUUUCGCUGACAGAGAUGCUUUAAAGGGAUCUUUGGUCAAAACACUUGUCGAAGCUCAACCGACUUUGUUCAUGGGUGUGCCAAGAGUGUUUGAGAAGAUGCAAGAGAAGAUGUUGGCUGUUGGAGCUCAAUCAGGUGCCUUGAAACGACUCAUUGGUUCAUGGGCUAAAAGUGUCACAUUGAAUCAUCAUUUGGAUCGUAUGGCUGGACGUCCUUCGAAUUCCAUUCAAUAUAAAAUCGCCACGAAAUUGGUGAUGAGUAAAGUUAAGUUUGCACUUGGAUUCUCUCGAAUCAAAUUCAUGGUGACUGGAGCUGCACCGAUGAGCGUUGACACAAAGAAAUAUUUCUUAAGCUUGGACAUGCCGAUUCUCGAUGUUUAUGGAAUGUCAGAAACUUCUGGUGGACAUUCUUUGUCGUCUUUUGAUUCGCCUGCUUUUGAGACGUCAGGAAAGAGUUUGCCGGGAAUUAAAUCGAAAAUCAUCAAUAAAGAUGAGAAUGGACAUGGCGAGAUUUGCAUUAAAGGUCGUCAUGUCUUCAUGGGAUAUUUGAAUGAGCUGGAGAAGACGAUGGAGACACUUGACGAUGAAGGUUGGCUUCGAACUGGUGACAUUGGCUACAUCGACAACGACGGUUACAUUUUCAUAACUGGAAGAAUCAAAGAGUUGAUCAUCACAGCUGGUGGUGAGAACAUUCCGCCAGUUCUGAUUGAGAAUCUCGUGAAAAGUGAAUGUCCAGCCAUCUCGAAUGCUUUUCUUGUUGGUGACAAGCGAAAAUUCCUGACAAUGCUUGUGACAUUGAAGACUGAAAUGGACAGCGAAGGUGCGCCAAAAGAUGAGUUGGCUGGUGAAACUUUGAAGUGGCUUGAAGGGCUGGAAGUGAAACACAAAACAUUGAGUGAAGUUUUGGCUGCAGGUCCCGAUCCGAAAGUUCUUCAUGCCAUUCAAGAGGCCAUCAAUCGUGCUAACAAAAGUUCAGUUUCAAACGCACAGAAAGUUCAAAAGUUCGCCAUUCUGCCACACGACUUCAGCAUUCCGACUGGCGAGUUGGGCCCAACCAUGAAGCUCAAACGAAAUAUCGUCGCUGACAUGUACAAAGAUUCCAUGAUAAAGAUGAACGAUUCAUUGAAAGUGUCGAAUGAUAUCAAGAACAUUCGUGUGACAGAUCCAACCAAAACUGUAACAAUUCUCAAUGAUUCGAAUGAUCGCUCGUCAUCUGUCGCUCCAAUAACAGUUCCAGCAUUGAUGAAACGAACUGUUGAUAAUUAUGGAAGUCACACAGCUCUUAUGUACAAAGAUGAAGUCACGAAAGCAUGGAAAGGAAUCACUUACAAGGAAUAUCGCGAUCGUGUUGAGAAAAUCGCGAAAGUGUUCAUUAAACUCGGCUUGGAGCGUCACGGUGUCGUAGCUGUUCUUGCAUUCAACAGUCUCGAAUGGUUCGUCUCGGAGUUGGCAGCUAUUCACGCCGGUGGCAUCAUCGCUGGAAUUUAUUCAACAAACUCUUCUGAUGCGUGUCUUCAUAUUUUGGAGACUUCCAAAGCUAACAUCGUUGUCGUCGAUGAUGCGAUACAAUUAGAAAAGAUUCGUCAAAUCAAAGACAAAUUGCCGCAUUUAAAAGCAGUUGUGAACAUUCUUUCAUCAAGUUUAGAUGAUUUAAAGGAAUCUGAAGGUUAUUGGAGUUGGAAAGAGAUUGAAAUUCUAGAUACGAACGAUGUGGAACAGGAAUAUCAGCGACGAUCAUCACAGAUCGUUCCCAACGAAUGUUGUUGUCUCAUCUACACUUCAGGAACAGUUGGAAUGCCCAAAGGUGUGAUGUUGUCCCAUGACAACUUAACUUACGAAGCUUUUACAUUGAUGACACGCUUUGAGUGCCAGAAAGGUCGUGAACGAGUUAUUUCUUAUCUUCCAUUAUCACACAUCGCUGGUCAAAUGCUUGACGUCUUCCUACCGAUGAUGUUUGCUGGAACGACUUAUUUCGCUGACAAGAACGCUUUGAAGGGAUCAAUUUUCCGCUAUAUUUAUAAAGUUAAGCCAACGUUGUUCUUUGGUGUGCCGAGAAUUUUUGAGAAGCUUCAAGAAAUGAUGAUCAACAAUGAAGCACAAUCGGGAGCUUUGAAACGUGCAAUUUAUUCUUGGGCUAAACGAGUCACACUUGAACACAAUUUGAAUCAAAUGGCUGGUCGGCCAACUGCAUCAAUCUUAAGUAAGUUCAUAGAAAUGUUGAUAACAAACAAGGUCAAGAAUGAUUUGGGAUUAGGAGAAUGUCGCUACAUGUUCACUGGGGCUGCACCGAUGAGUGUCGAGACGAAAAAAUAUUUCUUAAGCAUGAAUAUGAAAAUUUAUGAUGCUUUUGGGAUGUCAGAAUCGUCUGGGGCACAUUGCAUUUGUCCCGAAGAUUUCAACAGCUUUGAAACUGUUGGAAGUGAACUUUUUGGAUUUAAAACUAAAACAAUUGAUCAGGAUGAGAAUGGACAUGGCGAGAUUUGCAUUAAAGGUCGUCAUGUCUUCAUGGGAUAUUUGAAUGAGCUGGAGAAGACGAUGGAGACACUUGACGAUGAAGGUUGGCUUCGAACUGGUGACAUUGGCUACAUCGACAACGACGGUUACAUUUUCAUAACUGGAAGAAUCAAAGAGUUGAUCAUCACAGCUGGUGGUGAGAACAUUCCGCCAGUUCUGAUUGAGAAUCUCGUGAAAAGUGAAUGUCCAGCCAUCUCGAAUGCUUUUCUUGUUGGUGACAAGCGAAAAUUCCUGACAAUGCUUGUGACAUUGAAGACUGAAAUGGACAGCGAAGGUGCGCCAAAGGAUGAGUUAGCUGGUGAGACUUUGAAGUGGCUUGAGGGGUUGGAAGUGAAACACAAAACAUUGAGUGAAGUUUUAGCUGCAGGCCCCGAUCCGAAAGUUCUUCAUGCCAUUCAAGAGGCCAUCAAUCGUGCUAACAAAAGUUCAGUUUCAAACGCACAGAAAGUUCAAAAGUUCGCCAUUCUGCCACACGACUUCAGCAUUCCGACUGGCGAGUUGGGCCCAACCAUGAAGCUCAAACGAAAUAUCGUCGCCGGCAUGUACAAAGAUGUCAUCGAAAAACUUUAUGAAAAUAAUUAA